UUUGUUUUUCAUGUCCGCGAUUUGAAGCGACCCAAAUAACGCGAUAUUUAGCACCUAAAAUGCGAAUUUUACCAGGGGAACCCGAUCAAAAACGUGUUUUUUACCCAAUCGAUAUUCGUUUUUUACUGGAGAUCCACCCCGAACCGAGAUUCGGUUAGUUUCGGUUUUUUUCUGAGUGGAAACUUGAAAGAUGGAUCUUGUUGUGAAAACAUGGCAACCCUGAGCAAUGACACAAGGUGCGCGCAACAGCUAGUCCCUUCUGGUCUACUAAAUACAGCUGUUGGUGCUCCAGGUUUGUCUCUAAAAAUGACGCUGUUUAUGAACGCUUGCGCUUUUUUAGUCAAAGUCUUCACUCUACCGCUGCAAAUUGCGGAGGUGAUUGGACUUAUGUCUAUCUACAAACGCGUCUUUCCUUUAAUCGUGUAUAAAUUCUCGUUCUCCUACAAUGAUAAAAUGAACGAAAGCAAAAGGGAACUAUUUCGAAACCUGGAAAAAUUCUUCCCCGCGAAAGGCUCUCUGCGCAUCCUGGAGCUGGGCUGCGGAUCCGGGGCGAACUUUGAGCAUUACCCGACGGGCUGCAGGAUCACAUGCAUCGACCCCAACCCGCAUUUCCAAAAGUACCUUGAGAAAAGCAUGGCGAAGAACGACCACCUCGUUUAUGACAGCUUCAUAUUGGCGUCGGGGGAGAAUCUAAAGGCGGUGGAGAGCAACGCAAUGGAUGUUGUGGUGUGCACGCUGGUUCUGUGCACAGUCCAGGACACGCAGAAGGUUCUGCAAGAAGCAAAGAGAGUUCUGAGGCCUGGAGGUGCAUUUUUCUUCCUUGAACAUGUGGUGUCUGACCCCUCAAGCUGGAUUUACUUUUUUCAACAUGUUCUUCAACCAUUCUGGUAUUAUUUCGGUGAUGGCUGUGAGACAACCCGUGCUACUUGGAAGCAGCUUGAGGCAGCUGGAUUCUCGGACCUACAGCUACGUCACAUCCAAGCUCCUCUGUUUUUUAUGAUCAAACCACACAUUGUUGGUUAUGCAGUCAAAUGAUGACAAUUUAUUUUGCCAAAAAAAAAAAAAAAAAACACAAAAAAAAAGCAACAACCUGCAUUCAAAAAGGAAUAAUUUCACCAUCUACUUUUAAAUGUUUUUGUAUGAAAGACCAAUGGGCUAGGUGCACAAGAUGGCGCCGGUGAGCUUCAGCGACGCGAGUGUGUGCGUACUUAUUUCCGGUCUUGCGAUGCUCGCAUUGACUGUAAGGGAAACUUACAUAUGAAACUUGGCUAGAUGUAUAUAAUUAAUGUUUUUCAAAUUUAACAGCGGAUAGUGGUAUAUCCGAAACAUGGGGAAACAUCCUCCCUAUAUUUUGCGUACCUCUGUGGGGAAAUUCAUCAAGAUACAACGCGGAGAUUGCUUUAUUCUUCUGUUGAUUAUGCGGAUCAGCGUCCGGUCAGGUCCACAGGGAUUUCUUUUUUCAAACACAAAACUGUCAAAUAUGCUAUACUUUUCAUUUUCGAAGAGCUGGUUUUGUUCUGUUAUGUAAGAUAAAUGUUUCUGACUGUCAGACGCACAGAGAUUUCUGAUAAAGCAUGUUUUAUUAACUUUAUUUGAUAACAUAAUUUAUAACUAACUGUACAAUUAAACGUAAUAUAAUUAAGGUUUGCCUUAAAUAAAAGAUCGCUGUUUGCAUUCAUGUGCGUUUUUAUCUGUUUAUUUGUUUGUGAAAGAUCUGCAGCAUAAAUCAUUAUCUGUCUAUGAGCAGCCAUGUAUAUAUUGUUAUUGUUUUGCAUUAAUUAUCAAAUUAAACAGAUAUUAAAAUUA